CCAAAAACAGCUACACCUUCUCAGUUCACUUCCACUUUCACCCAUUUGUGUGGGGAGAGUUAGAGAGUCAGGCAUUUUGGAGGAUGGCAUGUUUUGAAAGAGCGUCUCCGGCACUGAAGGAUAUCCUGCUCAAACUCUACCGAGCUGAAAAGCCCAUGGAGAUUGAUCAUCAAUUGUAUGAAUUUGGAUCCGUCCAAUAUCACAUCCAGUCUUCAGCAUCAGACCCACAUCACACUUACUUGUCAAUAUCCACCCCACUACUGUCCCAAGGUGCCCUGCUAUCGGAUAGGCUCUCGCAUGCCACUAUAGAGAUGAUAAAGGGAGUUGGUUCUAAUGCUGUUGAUAUUGUUGAACCAGCAAAAGAAGGAUACCAUCUCACUCUAAGACUCAACUUCAGUAAAAUUCCACGUGACAAAGAAUCUGUGAAGGUAAUAACGCAGAUCUCUGCAAUGCAAGCGGUAAUAAUAAGUUCUCAGCUGAAAGAAAUGUUGCAGAAUGUCAAUUCCCAGGUUACACUUCAUGGGAUGCACAAACCUAUCAAACUAGUCUAUCACCCAAGGGAGCCGUUCUUUGUCAUCAGACAGCCACAAAAAAUCAUCGCAGUAUUUCCAAUACGUUUCAAAGAAAAUUCGGAUGUCAUUAUUGCAACAGCCUUCUUUCAGGAACUUAUGGAUGUGGGAAGCUCUCAAGAAUGGGCUAAAGCACCUCCUUGCAUCUGGUCACCCAUUCCUCCUCCAGAACUGAGAGGAGAAACUUUUGAAGAUUUGAGCACUAAUGGAGGAUUUGUUUCUUUUGAUAUUUAUUCACGCCAUGUUGAGGGCAAAAGACUAGAUAAGACUGUAUGGAGUCUAUUGAACUUCUAUGCCUACGUCAAAUCCCACAUAAAAUGCACCAGAGGUUUUAUUCAGCGCAGGAUGAGAAAGCGUUUGGAAAGUUUGGUUAAGGUCCUGCAGAAGGCAAGCUCAGAAGAAGAAGAAGAAGAAGAACAAUUUGGAAAAGAUCAAGAUGCAGGGUGUAAUUAUAUGAGAAAACUGGUCAGCUUACCAAAGUCUAAAAUCCUCAAACGACGAUAUGGCGUCUUAAGCAGGAAGAUCAAGCGAAUCCGUUUCAGAAUCAAAAUCCAUGGAUUCGGGCGUUUUCGUCGACGAUGGUUGAGAUUCCCAAAGUUUUCUUCUUCAAUGGGAUAUACCAAAUUAGAUUAAAGUUUUCCAAAAGUUUGUAUGUCCCAGUGUAUGAUUGCAUGAAGUUGGGACAUUGAAUCGGACUUCUACAACUCCAUUGAGUCCCAUAAUUUAAAUGCUUCACAUCAUCAAUACAAAGCAACCUAUGUUCCUAAAA